AUGUCUAGUCACAUUGUGAUCCGGCAUACGAGCCAGAAGUACAUCGCAUCUUCGUCAUUCUCGAAACUUGAUUCAAUUCAGAUAAAGCCGAGCGUUCCAUGGCUAAGUCAUGGUUUGUUUCCGAUGCAGCUGAAGCGAAGGUCGGAUCUCGCCGCCCCGGUUCACCACCUGUCUAGGCAACUGUCCAAUGGACCGGAACACACGGCGCUGGAAGGAGCUGUUGGUCUGCCUCGUCUGCUACGCAUCACUCCCCGGGGGCAAUCAACAGUCGCGUGGACAGAGCCAGUAGCUGUUGCCCACGCGCCGACGGACGGCUGGACACGGACGACAGGAUGCCACCGUGGUGGUGCCUGUGGUCACACUCCAUUGGCACGACUGUUGCAGUGA